AUGAGACCUACGAUUAGGAAAGUGAACUUUGAUGAUUGUUACAUAUAUAAUAUCUACGACACCAAUAAAGAUAAGUCAUAUUUGAUAUCGUGGGAUGGUGAUAGUGUCUCCUCUUACAGCUGUAAAAUUGGUUUCCAUGGAUACGACAGUGACAACCCUCUCAAUGAAUACAAAGUCUGCAUUCGGGCAACAACAUGGAACAUUCAAAACACACAGGUCCGACUGAAAUAUUAUACUGGAUUAUCAGAUUUUCUUGAAAAGACAUAUUCAUACUACGCAUAUGAUGUUCCAACAACAGAGUGGUGCUCCGAGUCAGGGGAAUACGUAGACAUUGAGCUGACUGCGCCUGACGUAAAGUAUGGAGAUAAGAUAACACUAGUAGUCAGAGGAGUCAGGACAUACAAUUUUGCCAAUACUUUGGGUUUUAUUAUCGGAGGCGCUGUAGGAGGCGUACUUCUUAUUACAUUGGUUUGCAUAGUGCUUGUCAUCGUGGCAUUUAGAAGAAGAAGUCGUCCAAUGGCAGGAUAUGUUAAUCAAGGCUAUCCAAGUAUAACAGCACCACCUCCAUAUUAUGGCACCACGAAGAAUGUGCAGACUGGUUACCCAGCACAAAGCUGCCAAGAUCAGCCGUCUUAUCAACAGUACCCAACCCAAAGUUCAUCACAACAGACGACGACGACAUCAAAUUCACAAUCACAGCAAUCCAGUUCACAAGAACAGUCAAUCCAGUCGACUUGAAUUUUCGGAAUAUCAAAUGAUUUUAUAAAUGUGAUCUAAUACACGUGCCGUGUGUAUUCAUGUGUGUUUGGUUGUGUCUUUCAAUAAAAAUUU